UGCCAGUGUCAGGGUUGCCCCCGGUGCCUCUCGGGGUCAGGCCGAGGCCUGGAGCCAUGGGGAACAUCUCCUCCAACAUCUCCGCCUUCCAGUCCUUGCACAUCGUCAUGCUGGGCCUGGACUCCGCCGGGAAGACCACCGUCCUCUACCGCCUCAAGUUCAACGAGUUCGUCAACACGGUGCCCACCAUCGGCUUCAACACGGAGAAGAUCAAGCUGAGCAACGGCACGGCCAAGGGCAUCAGCUGCCACUUCUGGGACGUGGGCGGCCAGGAGAAGCUGCGGCCCCUCUGGAAGUCCUACAGCCGCUGCACGGACGGCAUCAUAUACGUGGUGGAUUCGGUGGACGUGGACCGGCUGGAGGAGGCCAAGACGGAGCUGCACAAGGUGACCAAGUUCGCCGAGAACCAGGGCACCCCGCUGCUGGUCAUCGCCAACAAGCAGGACCUGCCCAAGUCCCUGCCGGUGGCCGAGAUCGAGAAGCAGCUGGCCCUGCACGAGCUGAUCCCGGCCACCACCUACCACGUCCAGCCGGCCUGCGCCAUCAUCGGCGAGGGCCUGACUGAGGGCAUGGACAAACUCUAUGAGAUGAUCCUCAAGCGCAGGAAAUCCCUCAAGCAGAAAAAGAAACGGUAAAGGGGGUGUCCUGGGGACGGAACGGAUCCCGGCUGAACCCGUCGACCGAGGCAGCCAACCAAAGCCAUCCGUCGGAGUUUGCCAAGCGGAAAGGACCGGUGAACUUUGACCCACGGCUCCUUUCCCUUCCCUCUCAUCCCAGCCCUCGGCUCCCUUUUUGCUGGUCCGCCCCCGUGGGGACAGUGGGUACGGACGGUCCGUCCCCUGGUCUCCCCUGGUCGGGAGGCACAGCGAGAGUGGGCUUUUGUUUGAGCUCCUCGAGUCCGAGGGGAGUGACCAGAGGGGGGUCGGGGGAGGUGGGGAGAGGAUAGAUGCCCCGGGAUGUUACCGGGAUGCCUGACCUCCGGGGUGGACCGACGGGCCAUCUGUAGUAGACCUCUCUCCGGCUGAUCAAAGAUUGUGGAGGAAAGCAACUGUUUCUUGCUGUUUCUUGGCUGUCUAGCAGGACUAGAAGGUCCGGAGACCCUCGUCCUCUCUUCUCUCCCCCCCUCCC